CUUUUGUUUUCUGACGGCGUUAGAACACUACGGUAACUCCCAAGACUAAAAGCAAGGUCGCCAUGGGGUUCGUCAAGGCAUUUCUUAUAUGUCUGGCCUUUGUCGCCAUGACAAAGGCAGAUGUCCUCAUGUUCGACGAGGCUGACUUCAGUGCACCGUACCCACUUCCCGGCCCAAUGAUGGAUUCUCAGGGCAAUAUGUUCGUUCCACUGUUAAAGGGAUACACCGUCGGGGAAUGGUGGGCUGCCACCACCGUAGUCCAGGUCCUGCAAGCAGACGUCGAGAGAGGAUCUGAGUUGGACAGCCAAGUGGACAGGUUCAUGCCGAAGGAUGAGAGUGACUCCGACGACGAAGCAGAAGGGGAGCAAGAAAUCAUACAGGCGGUUCGCAUGGAGACACAUAGCUAGAAGAGCUAUGAAAAUAUUUAAGAAAAAAAAGUACUGGUCUAAAUUCAUGAGAUGUGAUUUUUUCGACUGAAAAGGGAAAGGAAUCCUUCACGAUUGCAUUAUUUAUUGGUUUAGGAAGAACCACGAAAAUAAAAUCUAAAGGGGAAGUAAACAAAGUAAAUUAAAAUUUCUCAAUAAUUCCAUCUGUA